ACCUGAUCUUGACACACUGUCGCCACCUUGUAUUGAAAUGGCGAUGGCAAGGUGGCGCCACUUUUCAAGCAACUCGGGUCUAUCCCUUCCCCAAAGAUCUCCGGCGACUCCGACCACGUGGGCUGUAAGAUGGAUGAUAUACAAAAUAGAACAUAACCGUAGGAACGUAUUUUUGAAUGUAACAGAAACAGGUGUUAAUUCUGUAAUCUGGACUCUAAAAUAAUUUUAAUAUAAAGAGAACCGAAUGCAUGUUAUUCAUGAAACAUCGUUUCCAAUAAAAUGAGCUUCAACAAAGUGAAAGAGGUUAUCGAGGAAGGAGACGUGGUAGUUUUAUAUUUAGGUCCUAGCAAUAUGCAUUCGAUAGAAAUAAAACAAAAGAUCCUUAAUAAAAAGGGUCAAAUGGUUGAUAAUAUUUUCCAAACAAUAUAUGGAGCAUUAAAAGUAUUUUCUCUGGUGGGAGAAAAGUAUGGCACUAAAAUACAAUUGUCUCGUGGUUGGGGAUACGUGUUGCAACCAACACCAGAACUCUGGACAUUGACCGUGCCUCAUAGGACACAGAUUAUUUACAGUCCUGACAUUAGUUUGAUUAUAUACUUGAUGGAUAUAUCACCAAGCAGCAUAAUAAUUGAAACAGGGACUGGAAGUGGAUCCCUGUCUCAUGCAUUUAUCCGUGCGGUUCGUCCUCAUGGUCAUCUGUACACAUUUGAUUUUCACGAGCAACGCGUGAGCGUUGCGAGAGCAGAAUUCAAAAGACACGGACUCAGUGAUUUUGUUACUUUGAAUCAUAGAGACGUUUGCAUCGAAGGUUUUGGAGAAGAAUUAGAGAACAAAGUAGACGCAAUCUUUUUAGAUCUUCCACAUCCAUGGUUAGCAAUAGAUCAUGCGUUAUCUACUUUCAAGAAAUCAGGUGGGAAACUUUGCUCCUUUUCUCCUUGCAUCGAACAAGUUCAACGUACUUGUGCGAAAUUGAUAUCAAAAGGAUUUAUUGAGUUGAAUACAUAUGAAUGUUUGCAAAGAGAAGUAAACGUACAGUACAGAAAUCUUCCUAUAUUGGAUUUGGCAUGCCUAAAACAUGAGCAUGUGGCGAAGGAUAUGGCACAACAAACUGAAACCAAGAAACAAGAGCAAAUGAAGCUGCUCACGGUGACCCAUGCCCGUUCUUUACCUGGUCAUACAGGAUUCAUUACGAUCGCUACAUUGCCACCUUUUUAUGCGAGAAAGUUUAAAAUAGAUCUAAGUUCAAAAGGCUGAAGAGAUUUAAA